UACCCUGUCAAAGGGUUGAGACCAUCAUCGCUGCGCAAAUCGUCCUUCUCCAGCAGCAGCAGCAUCAACAACGCUUGUCCCCCGCCGCCGCCCACGCCGCAUCAGCACCAAUUGACCGCCAGCAGCAGCAGCAUCGUCAAUUCCAGCUCCAGCAAGCACCAGCAACAUCAACAUUCGCCACAUCAUUCAUAUCCGCAGCAACACCAACACCAGCAACAGCAGCAUAGACGCAACAGCAGCUCUAGCACCAACCAUACUGAAGGAGGCUGUAGCUUGGCCACCAAACCUGUUAUCAAUUUGCUUGGCAAUCAACUGCAGGUCAACUACUUUGAGUUUCCGCCCACCAGCAGCAACAUCAGUAGCAGCGCACACGCAAAAGCGAACAGCACACGCAGUGGCAACCCGCUGGUGUUGUUGGGCAAUCGUUGUGCCACCGCCACCGCUUCCACGCCCUCGCUUAAUUGCAAUUGCAACGGCAAUAGUCCGAGCUAUAGCUCUGCGGUUGCCAAAGCGGCUGCUUCAACAGCUUGUGCAGUUCUUGCCACGUGCCACGUGGCCAACAACAGCUCCAGCCCCACCGCAAACUUCAGUCGUUACCAACAACAGCAGCAACAACAACAACAACAGCAGCAACAACUUCAGUCGACCACAGACAGCGACAGCAUGGGUCGACGUGAGAUUAAACGUUCCAAUACCAGCGGCUCCACCUCCAGAUCCUAUGACAGCGGCAGCGCCACCACAAAUUUUGUGGGCAAAUUCACGCAGAGCGUGCGUCGAAUCGUGCAGGAUGUAAAAGACGAGGGAGCACCCAGUGGCAUGACCCGUGAUGAGGUAAUCGAAACCAAUGAACGUCUACGUUCGUUACGCCUGCGCCUCGAGGAGUCCUACGAUACGGUGAAAAAGGCGCUGAUCAAUCUGAUGAACAAGUACGGCGACUCGAAGAGCCAUCGCAACAUAUUUCAACGCUAUCCCAUGCUCAAGCUAAUGAUAAAGGAAGUCAUACGACUGGAGACUCAGUACUGGACAUUGGUGGACAUACCGCGCCAGGAGAAACAGGAAACCGUGCCGUCGUAUGUCAUGCGAGCCUGUUCCAUUAUGGAGAAGACGCAAAAGUCGGGCGAGGGCGUGAAGACGUCGGCCAAGCUGGCAGACGAGGCUGCCGAGCGCGGGAGCGCAUGGAGCGCUUGGAACACAUGACAACGGCACAAAUCGAGCACGAGAACACACAGCUGAUUAAUGAUUUGUAUCGUUUGCUGAAAAAGUAUCUGGGCUUGCGGCAUUUGAUACGCGUGCUAAAG